ACCAAGACUCAGGUCAAGCUUGCCAAGGUUGUCAAGGUUCUCGGCCGCACCGGCUCGCGCGGUGGUGUCACCCAGGUCCGCGUCGAGUUCAUGGACGACACGACCCGCUCGAUCGUCCGGAACGUCAAGGGCCCGGUCCGUGAGAACGACAUCCUCGCUCUCCUCGAGUCCGAGCGUGAGGCCCGG